AAAUGCAGCCAGUCGCAGCCUCAGUGAGAGCGCAUGUGACCCAGCAGAGGUAGAGAGAGAGGACCAAGCUUCAGGAGGGAGAAGUGAGGAAAACCAGGCUGUAAGACUUUCUUUAUGUUGCCGGGGUCGACAGAGGGAAGCCAUUAAGGACCUGAGGAAGAGAGGAAGUCAUGAGGGGAAGAAGGAGAAGCUCUAAUUAGAGCUACCUGCUUCGUGGCAUGGCACAGGGCAAAACGGGACACUAGUUGUAAACCUUCAGGGCCGGUACCGUUGUCAUGGCGAGAUCUGGUCGCCCUGCUUCCGAGAGCUACCAGUCCACCUGCUGCUCAGUCGGCCAGUCUCUGUCCUCCUCCAGCCAAGUUGGCCUCAUGGAGGACGAGGACGACCGGACGCCCAUUUUCUCUCUUUCUAAAAGCUCCAUAGAUGUUGUCACGGCAACAGGCCCGCUUCACAAACGAGACCUAGCUUGGACACGGCUGGACCUGAAGCGCAGCUCCAGCACCAACACGCACUCUGACCAGGAUGCAGUGACGCUGCAGCAGCUCCACCAUCACAAAUGGCGCCACAACAGCCACCAGUUCUCGGUCACAACUCAGAACGAGGACCUGCACAGCCCUCCUCCUCUCAGCGAGCGCUGGAUUUCCAACACGCACCGCUGGAGCGGCUGCAGCAGCACGCACAGCCGCAGCAGCACGCCGGACACGGUGGUGAUGAAGGAAGGGCUUUCACGUUCCGGCUGCUUCACUCCAGAUUCUCCAGUGUCCAAACUGGCCUCUCCUCCAACCACACCCUCACCCCUGAUCUCCCCGUUCCACACAUCUCCUUUCCCCCCUCAACACAGUUCAACUUCCUCACCACUAACUCUAAGCAUGCAUCAGCUACCUGAAUGCUCCCCUCACCAUUGGCCGCCAUAUCCAAACGAUAGGAGCUCCCAUGAGAAACUCUCAUUUCACUUUCCUUCCCCAGCUCAAUCAUAUGCAAGCUUAGCAGACCCAGGACUCACUGCGGUUCCAGAGGACCUGGUUAACGCUGCGAGUAAGGAGCAGUCCAGCCCCAGAGACAUCCAAAUGUCGGAGGGUAAAGAAGAGGAAAGGAGACUGCAGACUGUCUGCGAGCCAAAGUUCAAUCCCAAACUCUCUGGUCGCCAUCAUCUGCUGCCGUUAAAGUUGGAGCAAAGCUGGCGGAUGGAGAAAGGUUGGAGAUCCCCGCUGGUUUCCUCAUUAAGUGACUCAGCGUUAGGGGACGCCAGGUGUCCUUUGAUGCACUUGAAUGAAAGCACGAAUAUCCCGAAGUCAGAGUUGUUGAGGGAGGAAGGAACGAUGACCUCACAGCUGGAGACGAAGGAUGCUGCGGUGCAGACUGGGUCCCCUCUGGGCUCCUACUGUGACUUCCUGAAGACCAUGUCUAACUCCAACAGCGGCUCACACUCCCUGCUGGGCUCACCACCGGGAUCCAGACUAAACCUGAAGGCGUCGGUGGGAUCCCACUCCAACCUGGUCUCAGCGUCUUCAAGCAUGUUUCCAGUGAGCAGCGGCGAGGAGGAGGAGAAGCAAGAAGAGAGUCCAGAGUGGGACGUUCCCUCGGCUGCAGCUCGGCAUCUGGAGAGGAAGAGAUCCUGCCUGAAGGCGCAGUCUGAGGAGUCUGAUGAGCUUGGUAGGAGGGGCAGCAUGAAGCAGGUGCUGUGGGACGAGGAUGGCCUGACAUGGGACAUUCAUGGAGCCUCGGUGGACCCCGAUGAGCUCAGCAAUGCUAUACAGAAACAUCUGGAGCUCAAGAACAGCCCCCAACCACAGAGGCGUUCCUCUAAGAAAAAGAAAGCACCGAUGCCUCCACUCAUAUCAAACAUGGUAACAACAAUGACCCCCGACACAAGCCCACCUGCAAUGAGCAUGAAGUGCAUGGUGGAGGGGGAAAGCCAGGAAGCCCUGGAGGCUGAAGCUGGGAGGGAGGGGCCACAGGAAGCAGGAGGCAAACGGCUGGAAAAGGAGGAAAGCAAUCGUAAAAAAAGCAAAGAAGAGCAAGACAAAGCAGAAGAAAUAGAGGAAGAAGGUGGAGAGAAAGCGGUCUGCAGCCUGAAGUCUCCGACACAUGGCGGGGGGCACAGCAAGAAAAAGAUAGUGAUCAGAUCCCUGAGGAGGCCUGGAUGGUGUGGAGGUUCUAGCAAGACGGAGGACUGAGACACUCUGGGUUUUACAUCACCUGAACGAUGAAGCGGGGAAUUCAGUUCAGAUGAGAUCAAACCUUUCAUUAAUCCGACCUCCGUAUGAAACCAACACAUGAACUCCUAACCCCUCUCCUUCAGGAAGAAGCAAACUAGACAUUUUAUAAUUGAUGUUCACUGAUAUUUUCAUUUUUUUUGUGCAAAGCUUUUUUGUGCAUUUUUAUGCUCUUUCUUUUACGUGUUUUUAGCAUCUUAGUUUAAAAAAAACAAAACA